AUGACAGAUGGCAUCACUGCUCUCGGAGGGCCAGUAAAAGGGUGCCCGGCUGUUCUGCGUGCCGGCGCGUCAGUCGGGGUCAACUGCAUUGACAGAUGUGCAGCGUACGUCUGCUACGACUGGAUGCGCUGCGCUGCCUCGGCGCGUGACGGCUUGCGCUCAUUUGGCGUUUUUCUGCACCGCCUCGACCAGUACGCCGCCACCAAGCUGGACAAGAACAUCACGGAGGAGACGGUCAAGGUGCUCUUCUCCAACAUCGAGGAGAUCCUGCGUGUCCACAAAGACUUCCUGUCCAUGGUGGAGGAGCUGCUCCAGCCCGAUCCCCACGCCCAUCACGAAGUCGGACGCUGCUUCCUGCACUUUCGGAGCCGUUUCCAGAUUUAUGAUGAGUAUUGUGGGAAUCAUGAGAAGGCUCAGAGGUUGCUGCUGGAGCUCAAUAAGAUCAGGACCGUCAGGACGUGCUUACUGAACUGUAUGUUGCUGGGAGGCAGAAAAAACACAGAGGUUCCACUAGAAGGUUACCUGGUUGCUCCUAUACAGAGGAUAUGCAAGUACCCAUUGCUGCUCAGAGAGCUGCUAAAGAGGACCCCUAGGAAGCACAAUGACUAUGCCCUGGUGCAGGAGUCUCUGCAGGUGAUGAAGGCGGUGUGCUCCAGCAUCAACGAAGCCAAAAGGCAGAUGGAGAAACUAGAGAUCCUGGAGGAAUGGCAGUCCCACAUCGAGGGCUGGGAGGGAUCUAAUAUCACAGAUACAUGCACGGAGAUGCUGAUGCAGGGAGUGCUGCUGAAGAUCUCGGCUGGAAACAUACAGGAGAGGAUCUUCUUCCUGUUUGACAAGCUUCUGGUCUACUGCAAGAAGAAAAACAGGCGUUUAAAAAACAGCAAGGCUGGGACCGAGGGUCCUCGCUACCUGUUCAGAGGACGAAUCAACACGGAGGUGAUGGAGGUGGAGAAUGUCGACGAUGGCACAGCUGACUACCACAGCAGUGGGAACAUAGUGAACAACGGCUGGAAGAUCCAUAACACGGCCAAGAACAAGUGGUUCGUCUGCAUGGCCAAGACUCCAGAGGAAAAGCAGGAGUGGCUGGAGGCCAUUUUGAAAGAGAGGGAGCGGAGAAAAAGUCUGAGGCUGGGUAUGGAGCAGGACACAUGGGUGAUGGUGUCAGAGAAGGGAGAGAAGCUCUACCACCUCAUGACCAAGGGACACCUCAUUAAGGACAGGAAACGCAAGCUCACCACUUUUCCCAAGUGCUUCCUGGGAAGUGAGUUUGUAUCCUGGCUGAUGGACAUCGGCGAGACGGGCAACCCGGAGGAAGGGGUUCACCUGGGACAAGCUCUGCUGGAGAACGGCAUCAUCCACCAUGUCACAGACAAGCAUCAGUUCAAGCCUGAGCCUGUGUUGUACCGCUUUCGUUAUGAUGAUGGUACCUACCACCCCAGAAGUGAUAUGCAGGAUGUCAUCUCCAAGGGUGUUCGGCUGUUCUGUCGUCUCCACAGUCUCUUCACCCCUGUCAUCAGGGAUAAGGACUACCAUCUACGUACAUACAAAUCAGUGGUGAUGGCCAAUAAGCUGAUAGACUGGCUCAUAGCACAGGGGGACUGCAGGACGAGGGAGGAAGCGCUGAUCUUGGGGGUGGAGCUGUGUGACAAUGGCUUCAUGCAUCACGUGUUGGAAAAAAGCGAGUUCAAGGACGAGCCGUUGUUGUUUCGUUUCUUUGCCGAUGAGGAGAUGGAGGGGUCCAACACCAAGCACAAGCCCAUGAAACAUGACUUGAAGAUCGCUGAGAAUGUCAUUGCCAAGUCCCUCCUAAUAAGACCUAGUGAUGGAGGCUACGGCUUUACUCUGGAGGAGAAGAACAGAGUCCCCAUCAUCAAGUCUGUAGAGAAGGGCUCUCCGGCUGAGAUGGCUGGCCUGGAGGUGGGGAAGAAGUUGUUUGCUAUAAAUGGGGACCUGGUGUUUCUCAGACCCUUCCCUGAGGUGGAGAAUUUUCUCAAGCAGUGCUUCAACAGCAAUGGACCCCUCAGGGUGCUGGUCAGCACCAAACCAAGAGAGACAGUAAAGAUCCCAGACUCGGCCGAUGGCCUGGGCUUCCAGAUCCGCGGGUUCGGGCCGUCUGUUGUUCACGCUGUGGGCAGAGGGACAGUGGCGGCCAUCGCCGGUCUCCACCCUGGCCAGUGUAUCAUCAAGGUGAACGGCAUCAAUGUAAGCAAAGAGAGCCACGCCAGCGUCAUUGCACACGUCACCGCCUGCAGGAAAUACCGCCGACCCACACAGCAAGAUACCAUUAAGUGGGUGUAUAAUAACAGUGAGAGUGCCCAGGAGGACCACCAGAGAACCACCCAGAAACCUGCCCCUGAGGAGAACGGAGAUGGCUUCCAGUGUCAAGUAGAAGAGGUUAUGGACAAGUUCAACACCAUUGCCAUCAUUGAUGGGAAGAAGGAUCAUGUAAGCCUGACGGUGGACAAUGUCCACUUGGAGUACGGGGUGGUGUACGAGUACGACAGCACCGCCGGCAUCAAGUGCCAUGUGCUGGAAAAGAUGGUGGAGCCUAAGGGAUUCUUUAGCCUCACAGCUAAGAUCCUGGAGGCGCUGGCACGUAAUGAUGACACGCUGGUGCAGAUGUGUGGCAGGUUGAGCUCCAGCUGUGACGUCAUCCCCGAGGAGCUGCAAACACGCUUCAGCGCCAUGUGCGGUGAGAGGGUGGAGCACAUCAACCGCCGCAUCACCAACUAUAGGAAGUUCUCUCGGGUUCUGAAGAACAGGGCAUGGCCCACCUUUAAGCAGGCCAAGACCAAGGUGUCCCCACUCCACAGCAGUGAUUUCUGCCCCACAAAUUGCCACAUUAACGUGAUGGAGGUGUCCUAUUCCAAGACCACCACUUGUCUGGGCAGUGCCUUUGGAGUGCAGCUGGACAACAGGAAGAACACCCUGGAGAGAGGAGGACGAGGCAGUACGGAGCAAGGUAAGCUGAAUCCCAUGGUGUAUGUCCAGCACACCAUCACCACUAUGGCUGCUCCGUCCGGCCACAGCCUGGGCAGGACAGAGGGCCACGGUCUUCGGUUCCUUCUCAGGGAGGAGGACCUGCUCACCCUGGAUGCCUACCAGAAACUGCUCAUCAAACUCACCACUGCCGUCAAGGAGAUGGAGACCCACGGCGCUCAGAUCCACGACCUCCUGUCGUCCAUCACCCACCCCCCAGCAUCCGACGUGAAGACCCCAGAGAACUACAUCUCUGUGGAAGGCGAGGGAGAGAGGGGGGAGAAGAAUGGGAAGAAGGUGUGUUUCAACGUGGCCGGAGAUGAGCAGGAGGACUCUGGACACGACACCAUCAGCAACAGAGACUCCUACAGUGACUGUAACAGCAACCGGAACUCAAUUGCCUCCUUCACCAGUAUCUGCAGCAGCCACUGCAGCUCCUAUGUGCACAGUGAUGAGAUGGACUCAGGAGAUGAGAUGCCCACCAAUGUGUGGCUUUCCCAUGAUAAGCAGAAAAAACUCCACGGCUUCCUGGAGCAUCUUUUCAGCCAGGUGGACUCCAUCACCAGCAUGCUGAGAGGAGCGGUAGCGGCUCGGGCCUUUGAGCAGACCAAGUGUUUCACUCCUGGCCGAGGAUUACAAGAGUUUCAACAAGAGAUGGAGCCCAGGGUUAAUUGCACCAAGAAGCUGCGUCUCCAUGUCAAGCAGGACCCCUGGAACCUCCCCAGCAGUGUGCAAGCCCUCACCCAGACAAUUUCCAAAUUUGUCGAAGAGGUGAAGACACGGCUGCUUUUGGUUUUACUUCAGUACACAGACUCGGAGAUCCAGCUGCGUCGGGACAUGGUGUUCUGUCAGUCUCUGGUAGCUGCCGUGUGUGCCUUCUCACAGCACCUCCUGGCUGUGCUCAACCAGUUCCACAACAUGGGCAGGGAUCCUGAGCAGGACAGCCCGGACCCCCAGGACCCUCAAGAGGCCCAGGAGGCCAGCCGACGCUGGCUGGAGCAGAUUGCCAGUGCCGGGCUGCUCCUUCACUUCCAGUCCCUUCUCUCCCCCAACCUUACUGAUGAGCAGGCUAUGUUGGAGGACACUCAGGUGGCCUUAAUAGACCUGGAGAAGGUCACCUUCUACUUUAGGAAGUUUGAAGGAGAGCCUCACGUGGCAAACAUGCCCAUCUCAUAUCAGGUGGAGGGCACGCGUCAAGCCCUGAAGGUCCACUUCUACUUGGAGAGCUUCUACUUCUCCCAGCUGCCUCAGAGACUGAAGAAUGGAGGAGGCUUCAAAAUCUACCCUGUGCUCUUCACUCAAGCUCUGGAGAGUAUGGAGGGAUACUACUAUAGGGACAACGUGUCUGUGGAGGAGUACCAAGCUCAGAUCAACGCUGCCUCGCUGGAUAAGGUUAAGCAGUACUACAAGAGACUGAGGGCUUUCUACCUGGACCAGUCCAACAUGCCACCCAGCGCUGCACCCAAAGCUGCCCUCAUAGACAAGCUGAUGCGUCCUCUGAACGCGCUGGAGGAGCUUUACCGUUUGAUGGAGAAUUUUAUCAGCUGUCGGCGCACAGCUGCCUGUCAGUACACCGCCUGCGGUGCCUCUGGAGUGGGCCUGCUCACCGUGGCCUCGGAGCUCUGCUCACGCCUCGGAGCCACGCACAUUGUCAUGUGCAACAGUGGUGUCCACCGCUGUACCCUGAGCGUGACGCUGGAGCAGGCCAUCUUGCUGGCCCGCAACCACGGCCUGCCGCCACGCUGCAUCAUGCAGGCCACGGACGUCAUGAGGAAACAGGGGGCAAGAGUUCAGAAUUCGGCCAAGAACCUCGGAGUGAGAGACCGUACUCCGUCAUCCGUGCCAAGGCUCUACAAGCUGUGCCAGCCUCCACCCCCGGACGGAGACCCGUGAAGCGCGGGAGUCUUCCGAGGAGCCGCCGGCGUCCUGCGAGAGCUCCGCGUCUCAGCCGUCCCGCCGCCGCCGAGCCUCCUCGUCCGUCUGGCGGAAGACACUCGGGCCCCAGAAGAAGAAAACGCCCCGCUUUUAUUCUCUUACGUUUAAAGGGUAGACGUGCCUCUCUCUGUAAAUAGGAUUUUAAAAUAAUAAAUAGCGGUUAAUGCAAUAUUUUUUGGUAUUGUACUUUAUAAG